CAAACAUUUCUGGUAUGUUCUUGCAUCCCUCCUGCAAUUAACAGUCUGGAUGUGACCUCCACAAUCCCUAUACACCUGACACAAGGUUUUCUGGCUGGAGGCCUUUUCCACCCCCACUUCCAUUCCUUUGUUUUUUACUCCCAGGGGCAAAUUUCUCACUUGACUAUCUCUGCACUCUAUAUUCCUGGAGGCUCCUGGAGUUAAUAGGAUUAAUAGAGCACCAUUUCUCUGAUCUAGCACUUCCAUUCUGGCUGCCUGGCAGCUUUCAGCUGUGAAAUAGCUUGCAUUCCUUGAUGGUAACUCUGCCUCCUUGUCUCCUAGUACAAUGCAAUGGUGUUCUGAUCUGUUUUGGGAUGCCAGGCUCUGAUCAGAAACCCAGCAAAUGCAAUGAAAUCGCUCCCUUCUCUGUUCCAUUAAUCUUUCUACUAAACUUAAUCCUCCACCCCAGUCUAGAGAGUGAGGAAGAGGAUGGUCUGGAAGGGAGCUGACCUCAUUUUUCUCUCCACCCCAAUUUCAAUCUGCCAGGUUCUGUUUGCAUUUAUGCAACCAGCCCCUUCCCUCUCCUCCCUGCCAGCCAGGGGCUGCUUUCUAGAUCCUGACAUCUCAUUGGCGUUUCCCUGACCUUGUGCAACCUUGGCUGUUGCUAGGAUAAAUGGGGCUUGCUCGGAAGUAUUGCCAUCUCCUGCAUCCUUGCAAGAGCUGAAGGUUGCUGAAGGUCACACGUGCACUGGGUCACAGGUCCUGAGGUUUGUCUGCCGUAAUAAGAGGGAGCCUGACAAAGAGAGAUUAAUGCAGGAAUAAGAUUUGCAUGGUUUUCUUAACUAGUGAAAUGCCUGUUAUUACAAAAGGCAAAAUGGGAAUGUGGAUGGAGAGCCUGUACGUUACUGUUGAUAUAGAAAAAUAGGGGUGGUUGGCUUUUGCUGCCUAACUCCUCAAGGGACCAAGGCCCCUAAUUCUGUGAUUGGUCAGAGAUGAAUGGAUGGAGGCAGGAUGCAGUGAAAGCAAGCCAGAUCUUUAUGUUUCUGUUGCAACAGAGUUCCCUCCAUUCGCAACGAGGCAAGAGAGACCCAGAAUCAGAAAGAAACAUCUCUUUUAAGGGUUUGCAUUUUGGCAUGGAGAAGGAGGACAUCCCCUCUACAAACAAUCAGAAAUUACAUUGAUUGUUAUUUCCAUGAGAACUAGUGUUUUGAGAGAGGGAGCAAAACUUUGUUUCUAUCUACUUUUUCCAUGCCAUGUCAAAUUUUAUAAACUUUUGUCGUGUCACUUUUAUAAGGUCAAGGCUCAAAAACAGGACCUCAAAGGCAAUUGGUGCCCCGGUGGUGGGGUCAUCCCAGCAACAGACACAAAGCAAGAUCAGUUAUUUUUCAGCUCUGCCAACUAACAGGCUCAUUUGCCAGCCAGAGACAACUAAACCAAAUUAUAAUUAUUUUUUGAAAGAGCUCUCAAGGCAGCCUCAAACAAAAAUAAAACAGACAAAACCAAGAAAAUCAAAUAAUUAAAAGGGGAAAAAACCAGAGGGCUAAAAACUAGAGCAACGCUAAAACCAUCUGUAAUAGCAAGGAGAGGUCAGGGGAGUUAUGCCUAUGGCAGGAAUAAGAAACAGGAUUUGGUGGGUAGGCUGGAUACUAACCUGUCCCAGCACCCAAGGUCAUUUUGACAGGUGGGCAGGGCUGUGAGGCACUCCAGAAAAGGGCACUGCAGCAGGAAGCCAUUAUUAUUUUUUAUUAUUUAAUUUUAUUCCUUGAAUUUGUAUCCCACCCUUUCUUUCCAAGGAGCUAGGGGCAGCAAGCUGAUACACAGUUUGAAAACAAAGCAACCCCCCCCAAACAGUUAUGGCAUUAAAAACAACAACAGCAAUUACAACUAAAAACAUUUAUUUCCUGGCACUGGGAAUACUCUGUGGUACAAAUUGUCAACUUGGGGGCAAAAUCUGGGAUUUUGAGAAACUGCUAUGCGUGUCAGUAACAAGAUGGCUGCCGUGGGGGUGCAGCAUAACACAAAAUGGCUGCCACAUCCAAGAGAACAGAGAAGGGGACUGGGGGAAACGGUGUCAGCGUAGUCCGUCCGGUGGAUGUUGAAUCCUGGCAUCCAAGAAAAUCCCAAGCCGCAAAAUGCCAUCACGAUUGCUGUGUCAUCGCGAGCCCUCUUCCGUAUGGAAGAAGAGCAGAAGAUUUACAAUGAGCAGGGUGUGGAGGCCUACGUGAAAUUCCAGCUGGAUCACGAGAAUGAGCCCUUUCUGCCUGGAGCAGCCUUCCCCUUCGUCAAGGCACUGGAAGCUGUUAACAUGCAGCUGCGGGUGCUCUACCCAGAGAGCGAAGAGCUCUUCGACAUCGUCCUCAUGACUAACAACCACGCUCAGGUGGGAGUCCGCUUGAUCAACAGCAUCAACCAUUACAACCUGUUCAUCGAGAGGUUUUGCAUGACAGGUGGGAACAGCCCCAUUUGCUACCUGAAGGCCUACCACACCAACCUGUACCUGUCAUCUGACUGUGAGAAAGUGAGUGAAGCCAUAGAAGAGGGAAUUGCUGCAGCCACCAUCUUCAGCCCCAACAGGGACGUGCAGGUUUCAGAGAACCAGCUGCGUGUAGCCUUCGACGGAGACGCCGUGCUGUUUUCAGACGAGUCUGAGCAGAUUGUGAAGGCUCAUGGCCUUGACAAGUUCUUUGAGCAUGAGAAGACUUAUGAGAACAAGCCUCUGGCUCAGGGGCCGCUGAAAGGUUUCUUGGAAGCUCUUGGGAAGCUCCAGAAGAAGUUCUACUCCAAGGGGCUGCGCCUGGAGUGCCCCAUCCGCACGUACCUCGUCACGGCACGCAGUGCGGCCAGUUCUGGAGCCCGUGCCCUAAAGACUCUCCGGAGCUGGGGGCUGGAAACAGAUGAAGCCCUUUUCCUAGCCGGCGCCCCCAAGGGACCCUUGCUGGAGAAGAUUCGCCCACACAUCUUCUUUGAUGACCAAAUGUUCCAUGUGGAAGGGGCAAAGGAGAUGGGUACCAUCGCAGCCCACGUCCCUUAUGGGGUGGCUCAGAAAUCCAGGCGCUUGGCACAGGGGAAACAAAAUGAGAAUAGCAAGUAGCAGAAAAGAGCGGGACUGGGCUAGGCCAGCCUUUGAUACACGGAGAGCAACAUCUCUAUGGAGAGAUGAAAAGUUUAGAACACCUUCCAUGAGGACUAGAACCAAAAGGGUUGGGAUGGCAGGUGUCUUGUUUGGGGUAGGUUGUUUGGGAGAAGGCUUCCUUACACCUACCUGUACACAUUGCACUUUACAGAAAUGCUCUUCCCUCUGCCUCACCAUAACCUUGCGUGCCCAUCACACCAUUGCUGUCAGUAUCUGCUGGUAGACUUUUGCUUCUGCCCUGCCAUCCACUCACAAUGCUUCAAGGUUGAUUGUCACCUUUUGCUCUUGAAUAUUCAUGAUAUGUACUGUUUUCUCUUGCGGGCUGCUGCAAGGGGGCUGUGUUUUAUUACACGCUUCAACAGUUGCAUUGUGCAGAAUUUGCUAAUGGUGCCAAUUUAAGCGUUGUGAAAUUCCCAGCUUUCAACACUAGUUUUGAAAGAAAAUGAAGAAGAAGCAAUUUCUAGCUCUUAUGUUUGCAAGGAUGAACGCAAAGCAUGUGUGCAGUUCCUUGAUGGAAUUUAUCUGGAACCAGAAGCCUCGGAGAGCAGGCAUUGGUUGGGUGGUGAGGCUGGGCAUGGGGUGACCUCCUGAGACUACCACUAACAAUGUGCCCAACCCACAUUGAGCACCCCAAAAACAGUCAAAGGCAGUGAUGACCAGUGGAGCCCAUCACAAAUGGACUGUCCAAGGGCCCCUCAAAGAGAUUGACUGAGAAGGAGGCCUGCCAACAGAAAAAAAUGCUCCAUACAACUCUUUCCAGGAAGAACUCUUAUGAGGAAGGGCCACAGCUCAGUGUUUAGAGCAUCCACCUUACAUGUGGAGGGUCCCGGGUUCAAUCCCUGGCAUCUGAGAGACCUCUGCCUGAAAUCCUGGAGAGCUGCUGCCAGUCAGAGUAGACAGUACUGGACUAGAUGGUCCAAUGGUCUGACUCAGUAUAAGGCAACUUCCUAUGUUUCCCCCAUCUCUCAUGGCCAACAGAAACUAAAUAAUUAUGCAAAACACACAUGUGAAUGCAAGUUUGCGUCAUUCGUGCCAUUUUGCUCAUCAAAUGUGGCUUUUGUGAAUGCCCCAUGCGUGCCCCAACCUAAAAUCUGCAUCUGCUUCACCUCUAGCCGGCUUAUGCACACUUACAUUUUGCCUUGCUCUUUCCAGACAGAGGCCUGUGCUUUAAUGCUCCAUGUCUGAGCAAUCCCCACCCCACCCCAAGCAAAAAGGAGAGAGAGCAAGCACAGGAUGAUCUGUGUUUUCUUUUUAUUUCUCAGUGCUUUGAGAAAAGACAGUAAAUGAAAGCUGUGUUCCUGAGUCAGUGUGCUGCAGUUGAUGGUGCUGGAACAUGGACUAUAACAACGUAGGUCCAGAUCCCCACUGAGCCCUGAUGGCCACUGUUAGAGACUGAAAAAUCAGUCUUGCUCAGCCUAACUUCACACCCCUAUGCCCAUACACCAUCCUUAGAGGAAAAGCAGGCUACAAAUGUGAUAAAUACACAAUCUGGAACCUUCCCAUUCCAAGUGUGUCUGGGAGCUUUCCACCACUUACCCCCUGUUUUUUUUCAGCAGGACUCCAGAGGUCUGUUGAAUAAUGUGGUAUCUUCCAUUUUUAACCAGUGUUGCAUUUUCCCUGCUGUGCUCAUGGGCUGUACUGUUAACACGGGGUAAUAUCUGGGGAGCCAUUCCCUGCUUGACUGCCCAUUUGCCACAGUGGAAGCAGGCGGAGGCUGCGAAAGGUCGUGCUUCUGUGUCUGCAGGCGGCUUUGCUUAGGAAUGAAACAAUGCAAUCAAUGCCUGUCUGUCCUUCUGGGUGUGUUAUCUGUAAUAAAUUCUGUCUAUGUUA